GGGAGCGCGCAGGAAGCCUCGCGACUUCCGGCGGCCGAGACCUGCGCGGAACCUCGGGUGCCUGACACUGGUUGCGGGGGGGAGGAUCGGGUCGGAGGGACGGAGCCCCGUCUGUCUCCGUAGUGGGCGGGGCCGGGCGGACGGGGUGGCGGCGAAGACCGGGAGCCAUGGCGGUGGACAUCACGCUGCUGUUCCGGGCCAGUGUGAAGACUGUGAAGACCCGGAACAAGGCCCUGGGGGUAGCGGUCGGAGGCGGCGGCGGUGGCGGCGGCGGCGGCUCGGACGGCGCCCGGGAUGAGCUGUUUCGCAGGAGCCCCCGCCCCAAAGGGGACUUUUCCAGCCGGGCCCGGGAAGUGAUUUCCCAUAUUGGGAAGUUAAGAGACUUUCUUCUGGAACACAGGAAAGAUUACAUUAAUGCUUAUAGCCACAUUAUGUCUGACUAUAUGAGAAUGACUGAUACAGAACGGGAUCAGAUUGAUCAAGAUGCCCAAAUAUUUAUGAGGACAUGUUCAGAAGCAAUUCAGCAGCUAAGAACAGAAGCACACAAGGAGGUACAUUCCCAGCAAGUGAAGGAACACAGAAGUGCAGUCUUGGAUUUCAUUGAAGAUUAUUUAAAAAGAGUUUGUAAAAUUUAUUCUGAGCAGAGAGCUAUCCGAGUUAAACGCGUGGUGGAUAAAAAAAGAUUAUCCAGGCUUGAACCUGACCAGAGUAGUAAAUCUACAGAAUCUUCUUCAUCUGAGAAAGUUUCACAGAAUUCUUCAGAAGAAUCUGAAGAAAAAUCUACUGCUGAAGAAAAUAGAGAUAAGAAUCUGACAGAAGCUCAGUCUAAUUUUGGACUGUGGGGAGAUGGCAGAGGUGAAGAUGAGUUGUCUCCAGAAGAAAUACAAGUGUUUGAACAAGAAAAUCAGAGACUUGUUGGUGAAAUGAACAGCUUGUUUGAUGAAGUGAGGCAAAUUGAGGGAAAAGUGGUUGAAAUUUCCAGACUUCAAGAGAUAUUCACAGAAAAGGUGUUGCAACAGGAAACUGAGAUCGAUAACAUUCACCAGCUAGUUGUGGGCGCAACAGAGAAUAUCAAGGAAGGUAAUGAAGACAUAAGGGAGGCAAUUAAAAACAACGCAGGAUUCCGGGUUUGGAUUCUUUUCUUCCUUGUGAUGUGUUCAUUCUCCUUGCUUUUCCUGGACUGGUAUGAUAGCUAGUUGUGGUUGGGGUUUGGGUUUUUUUGGUGUCUUUUUCAUUCUGAAGGCCUUGGUGCCUUGCUCAUCUGAACAUUAAAUCACAGGACACUUUGCUUUGAACAAAGCAGAAUGUACUGUAUGGUGUUUUAUGCAACUGUCACACAGUUGUGACUCAAGAAUUUUACAAUGAAGUCACUUAUGGAUGUUUGUGUAUGUACACACUCACAAAGGGAAUCCUCAAAUUAUUUCAGUAUAUUUACUAGACACAAUGAAUUCUUGCACUUAGAGAAGGUUUUAGUUUAGCAAUGAAAAGUAAAAUGAAUUGUUUACUGAAACCUUUUUAAAAACAUCAAACUAUGCUAAGUAGAGAAAUUCAGCUUCCUAUCAACAUGAGUGAUAUCAUGAAGAAUGCUUUUGGUGUGCAGAGAAUGCAUAGACGUUAAUUUGAGGGAGGGGUUGUGCAGGGAGACUGCCUAAUUUCCCAUCUUGUUAGACCUCAGGGAAAACAUUUAUGUAAUCUCCCUACAAACUGAUUAUGUCUAUUCCUUUUCCUGCUACUUCUCAUCUUACUGAAAUGAUUAACUGUUCAUUCACAAAGGCUUAUUGUAUUUGUAGAAAAGAAAAAUGAUAGUCCACUUGUUAAUCUUAUGGGUCUAACAUGAUUUAACUUAUUAUAGAUUAUAAAUGUAAAAAUUAAGAUUUCUAGAUCAUUCAGAGUACACAUCAUGUAAAGACAAGGUACUGAAAUGUUGCAAUGUAACCAAAGAUCAACUAGUUAGAAGCCAAACCUAUCAAGUAUUUAUUUCUAGGAUAGAAUCAAGGCAUAAACUCAUAAAUGAGAACCAGUAGCCUAAGGUAGGUGCUGUUUUUUGACUGCCUCCUAAAUGGAAAUAUCACAGUGUAUGCUUUUAUGACAGGGCUGGCAGGUAGUUCUUAUUAGGCUCAAUCUCCUGCUAUUACGUUCAGAGAGAGGAGUUCUUUGUACAGAGAAGAUCUACAAGGGAAGUCCUGGGCCUACUUUUGUCUCUCAGCAGUUGGCUGCCUAAAGAGUAGAAAUUUGAAGGAUUAACUAUUGAUUGAAAGAGCAGACAUCUGUGAACCACCUCUGUGUAGGCCACCCCAUGACAAGAAGCCUGGCCUUGUCUCAGCAUCUUAAUGUCCCCUUUGUAAAUGUGUUGAUGUAACUUGUUCUGCUGUAAUAUUUGGAAAAUGCAUGUGGUCUCUUGAAACAGAUAUUAGGCAGUCAGUGAUGUUCUUAUUGUACUUUAUUUACACAGAGUGAAAAUGUCAAAAGUUACAUGUGAAUGAAUUUACAUUCAAUAAAGUAUAUAAUCUACUAGAAAAUA